AUGUGUUUUUUCAAGCUGUCAUUCAGUCAGUCAUUCAGUCCGUCAAGUCACCAUCAAUUCAUUUUAUCCUUUUCUGUUUUUUGUCGCUCCUUCCAUCCACAUUUAAUUUCACGUUAUUUGUUAGUUCAACUUUCUCCGGAUUUGAAUUUUUAUUUACAUAUUUUUUUUGCGAACAUCUGCUCUUUUGUGUCGAAAAUCUGUGCUUAUUUCAUUUUAAUUCUAAAAAAGUGCUCAAUAGGAAGUCAUGUGGAACUUAUUGUUUUGUUUUUUCACUGAUUCAGAAAAAUAAAAUAAUAAAAAAAAAUUUCGGAAAGAAUAAAAUGAACUAAAACUUAAAGUGUGUAAUCCGAUUCAUUCCAAAAUGGAAAAGGGAGAAAUCUGAUAUCUGUGAUUUCGCCUUUCAAAUUUUCCUCUUGUCCUUCUUGUUUCACCCUCACCCUCACAUUUGAACUUCUAAUUUUUAUUGGUUUUUUUUUGCAGUUUAUGGCGAAGCUGAAGUGGCGAUGAUGUUACAAUUGCUGAUUACGAUCAGCUCAACGUUUCCAAUUUUAGUCGUCAAUUUUAUAUUUCGCGAAGAUCCAAAAGAAAUCCGAUGCUAUGAAUUAGAGCUGGAAAAUUGUUUUCGGGAAGCGUUUUUGGUGAGUUUUCAAAAUUGUUUCCGAGCUUUCUAGAUAAAAGAUUUUAUAUGGAAAAAUAGAAAAAAAAAUGACAGGUUUAUCUCAAAACUAUGAUUUAUCAUCGGAGGCCACGACGAACAGCGGAGAGUAAACAAAAUGUAUAUUAGAUGGGAAAUGUGAAACUGUUGUGAUAACAAUGUAAUACUGUUUGGGUUUAAAAAGUUUAAAUUUUUUUUAGAGGUUUUUCAGUGGAAUAUUAUUGAAAAUAAAUUAUAGAAAUAAUUUUCUGAAAUUAAUCUCAAAUGAAGUCUGAAAAUCGAUGAAAACGUCACUAUUUCGUGAAAAUUUUACAAUUUUUCUGUACAACUACAGUAGUUGUUUUCAGAGGAGAGAUUUUCAGAAAUCUGAAGUAAUUUCUGAUAGCUAAAUAUUUUCUUUUAUUUUUUGUUGAUGAGAAAAAAGUCAAUUUCCUAUUGUUUUUCCGAAAUAUUUUCUCUCAAAAAUAGAAUUUCAAUAAUAAAUCACCCAAAAGUUCCCCGUGUCGCAUUUUCUCAUCCCCAAAUUCCCGUUAGUACAAGAACAAACUCUUCAAAACAUUCUAAAUUUUCCAAUUUUCAGGGCGCAAUUCAUCCUCCUCUAAUAAUCAAGCGAGAUGUUGCAAUGUUUGCCAAUGGAAAUGUAACAGUUCUUGAUAAACGAAAACGCGAUCAUCAUCACCAUAACCAUUAUACACAUAUGCAACAGAUGGAAGAUCCGAGAACAUUUCAGAUUUGUCACGAUGUUCGAAAAUUUUCAGCCUGUUUUAUGUAUCCGGCAUGCACUGAACAAUUAGCUGCAAAUGUAAGGAUUACUGUGGUUUGAUAAUAUAGCAAAUUUGAAAAAUUAAGAUCGCCUCCACUCAAUAUCACAUGGUUUUCGGAAAAAAGCUGCCGAAACAUGUUUUCUUAGCCUAUCGUGGAUAUGGAACUCAAGUUUGCGAAAAAGCAUGUUCACUGACGACUUGUGAGAUUCGAAAUCCAAUGGAAAGUAAAGAAGAGCAAGGACUUGCAUUGGAAAUGUCAACUUUAAAAGGACAUAUUGAUCCAGUACAUAAAAAUGAUCUAACGUCAGCUUGCACGAGGUUCAAAAUUGUACUGGUUAAUGUAAGUUUUUUUUUGGAAUAUAAAAAUAAAAAUAAAAAUAAUUAUAUUUCACGAGCGUAAAAAUUUAACAUUUCUGCAAUUUUAGCUUCUUCGAAUUCGUCGUCAACAUUGCGGCGAAGUAGCCAAAUGCACCUGCAACGAGCCAGAUAUUCGACAUAAUAUCGAUGGUUGCGCAACAGGUUGCGAGCAUUUACUCAAAAUGGAUCUUGACGCUCUUUCCGAAUCAUAUUCCUCAACUUCUCUUCCAUUUCCUCCAUUUUUCCUCAUUUGCGUUAUUUUUCUCCGUCUUCUGAUGUGA